GUCUGCCAGGUUUGUUCAAGGAGCAGAGGGGAGGGUGUGAGGGGGAGAGGGCCUGGGGAGUUCGUGCUCAUCUGAGGGCGAUGGGAAAGGGGUGUCGCUUGGGCCUCCCACGUGCUGUGAGAAAAGCUCUUCCUUGCUGUCUGUGGGAGGCCUCGAGGCAAGGAAGGUGUGGGGGCCCCACGGCCCAGCUGGUUGGAGAACCUCGCAGCUCCAAGGCCCUUCUCCCCCUCCAGCCUCCCUGCCCUUCGCUGUCCUAUCGCUGGUGAACGCCCCGUAUAAGUGAGGAUUUUACUGCGGGCAUGACUCCAACCGGAACUCCUAACGGCCAGACACCAUCACCCAUGGGCUCAUGGCCGGGGUCACCAUCACGGCCACCGUCAUCCUUGUCUCGGCGGGAGAAGCCUACCUGGUGCACACAGACCGGCUCUAUUCCCACUCCGACUUCAACAACUACGUGGCUGCGGUGUACAAGGUGCUGAGGACCUUCCUGUUUGGGGUUGCUGUGAGCCAGUCUCUGACGGACCUGACCAAGUACACAAUCACCCAUCUGCGCCCCAACAUCCUGGUCUUCUGUGACCUUGAGUGGAGCCGGGUCAACUGCUCGGUCUACGUGCAGCUGGAGAGCGUGUGCAGGGGAGACACUGCUGACGUCACCGAGGCCAGGUGGGUGUGGACGAGCAGCCUUCACUCGGGGGGUCAGUGGGAGCUGAAGAAGCCGCAGAAGCCAGAUGGUGAGGAGCCAGCAGGCAGGUGGUCAGGCAGGAGUGAGGCCUCAGGGCUCCAGGUGCCCCCCUGACAGCAGGAGGCUGGGGGGAGCGUGCUCUGUCUGCCCCGAGUCUCAGCCCUGCCCUCUUCUGUGCUGU